UAACCUGUGGUUCGGGCAAAUCCAGUUUCUUUCGUGAGUGACUAUCGUCGUCUUAAUGUGCCAUAUCCAAACACGGCCUCAAUGCUUCUUAGAAGCUGGAGCAGGACACCGCCAUUGCCGUUGCCCUCUCUGAGGAUGUUAUCGCCGCCGCCGCCUUCGUCUUCUGCUGCUUGUGAAAGUAGACGACCCUCCUUUCUCGGAACCCCUUCUCCAAAUCCCAGGAUCUCUUUUCCUCAUCUUCCUUCUCUGUCUUCAAACUCUCCUAGCCAUCAAAGAAUGACGCUCUCGACUGGCUGUCUUGGGGUCAGUAACCCCGUUCCCAUAUCCGGAAAACCCAAUUUGGAAAACCAAGAACCCCAAUCCGAUGAUCCCCAGUCCCUUGUGGUGGUGUCCUUCUACAAGUUCGCGGAUUUCCCUGACCAUGCCAACAUGCGAAAACCCUUGAAGACACUCUGUGAAGAACUGCGCAUUUCAGGGGGUAUCAUUCUUGCGCCUGAAGGAAUCAAUGGCAGCAUAUGUGGAACUCGCGAGUCAGUGGAGAAAGUUCUUGCGUUUAUACAAAGUGAUAGCCGUCUUAAGGGUCUAAGACAAGUGGAAUCACCUGUGAGUCCUGAGGAAGAAGCUAUUCAUCAUGGACAUAGUGCCAAUUCUCCUCUAGCUGCAGGGGAAGAUGCACCCUUCCGAUGGGACCAUGUGAGGGUUAAGUUGAAGAAAGAGAUUGUUACGCUUGGGAUGCCCGCUGUAUCACCUAUUGAAAGGGUUGGGAAGUAUGUGAACCCAAGAGAUUGGAAUGCACUGAUUAGUGAUCCGGAUAUAGUGGUGAUUGAUGUACGGAACGAUUAUGAAACCAGAAUAGGAAAGUUCAAAGGAGCAGUUGAUCCAUGUACAACAUCAUUUCGGGAAUUCCCUUCUUGGGUGGAGGAUCAUUUUCAGAUUACUAGAACCAAUAGCAAGCCUCCAAUAGUUGAGAUGAACAAUUCAGGUGAAAGUGCUGAAAAGAAAACACAGAAUCCUGAAAAUCAUAUGCCACGUGUUGCAAUGUAUUGCACUGGAGGUAUACGAUGUGAAAAAGCUUCAAGUCUACUCCUCAGUAAAGGUUUCGAAGAGGUCUAUCACUUGGAAGGUGGAAUUCUGAAAUAUCUGGAGGAAGUGCCAGAAACAGAAAGCCUCUGGCAGGGUGAGUGCUUUGUGUUUGACAAGCGAGUCUCUGUGGACCAUGGUUUGGUGCAAGGAAAUUUCAAGCUAUGCUAUGGUUGUAAGAAGCCUGUGAGUGAUGGUGACAUGGAAGCUCCGGAAUUUGAAUAUGGAGUUUCUUGUCCAUAUUGUUAUUCACAGAAAUCAGAGGAAGAGAAGGAGAGGGCUCGAGCUCGGCAAAGACAGUUUGAGAGAUGGGGAAUCAUAGGCGGUCCAGACAAGGGUCGCCGACCGACAAGUAAACCGGAUAGUUGUAGUAGAAAACCUGGUCAGCUUUCACGUUCAAUUUAACUGGCCAGACAGAAAAGACCAGAGGUUUACUUUCAUGUCCGCUUUGAACAAAGUGUUUUGUUUUGUGCUCUCAUUCUUUCAAGGUGCGGCGAAUUUACAGAUGUACGUUUAGUGUGGUCUUUCCUCCUCGGAACAAUUUGUUGGAUUGGAGCCUGAGAAGCCUCGCUUUUGGCAUUCUAUGCUGUGUUGUAACCGAUCAUUUUAACAUAAACAUCACUCUUAUUUUACUUGUCUAAUUAUACCUACUUCAUUUCCCCUUCCAUCUGGAUUCCUAGCGAACCAUGACAUUUCUCAGUAUUCGUGUUU